UCGUCCCAGCCAAUGAUCAGACGUGUUUCUCUUCCCUUUUUUCCCCUGUUUCUUCCACUCCUCCGGCAGCUCAGUCUGCCUGAACGCCUCGAGUCGCGCAGAAGAAGAAGAGUGAGGAUGAGGAGGAUGAGGAUGAUGAUGGAUGCAGUGCCGUGUCGGCUGGUGUUUUUCGCCCUGUUCCUCGGAGCCCGGCUCCCGCACACAGAAGGCCUGCAGUGCUACUGUCACCGGUGCCCGAACCACACGUGUGCGACGGACGGGCUGUGCUACGUGUCCAUCACGCGUCAGGGUAGCGUCACCACACAGCAGAGCUGGUGCAUUAGCGACACCGAGCUGAUCCCGCGCGACCGGCCCUUCGUCUGCGCGCCCUCCACCAAAGACGACACCGGCAUCUUCCCCAUGUGCUGCGACACCGACUGGUGCAACGAGAACCCCGACCUCAGCGCCUUCCCAGUGCCGACACAGAAGCCGGUGGCUCUGGGACCCGUGGCGUUCGCGGCGCUGAUCGCGGGUCCGGUGUGUGUGGUGUGUUUCCUCAUGGUCACGGUGUUCUACAUCUGCCACAGUCGCUCGGUCCUCCACCACCGCGUGCCGAACGAGGAGGACCCCACGAUGGACCAUCCCUUCAUCACUGUGGGAACCACACUCAAAGACCUCAUCUACGACAUGACCACAUCCGGCUCGGGCUCGGGCCUGCCGCUGCUGGUGCAGAGGACGAUCGCGCGCACCAUUAUCCUGCAGGAGAGCAUCGGGAAGGGCCGCUUCGGGGAGGUGUGGCGGGGCAAGUGGAGGGGAGAGGAGGUGGCCGUGAAGAUCUUCUCCUCCAGGGAGGAGCGCUCCUGGUUCCGGGAGGCCGAGAUCUACCAGACCGUCAUGCUGCGGCACGAGAACAUCCUGGGCUUCAUCGCCGCGGACAACAAGGAUAACGGCACCUGGACGCAGCUGUGGCUGGUGUCGGACUACCAUGAGCACGGCUCGCUGUUCGACUACCUGAACCGCUACACGGUGACGGUGGAGGGCAUGAUCAAGCUGUCUCUGUCCACCGCCAGCGGCCUGGCACACCUGCACAUGGAGAUCGUGGGCACGCAAGGCAAGCCGGCGAUCGCCCACCGGGAUCUGAAGUCCAAGAACAUCCUGGUGAAGAAGAACGGCACGUGUUGCAUCGCAGACCUAGGAUUGGCCGUUCGCCACGACUCCGCCACCGACACCAUCGACAUCGCGCCCAAUCACAGAGUGGGAACCAAACGGUAUAUGGCCCCAGAAGUGCUGGACGACUCGAUAAACAUGAAGCACUUCGAGUCGUUCAAGCGGGCCGACAUCUACGCCAUGGGUCUGGUGUUCUGGGAGAUCGCCAGCAGAUGCUCCAUCGGAGGCAUUCACGAGGACUACCAGCUGCCGUACCACGACCUGGUGCAGUCGGACCCGUCGGUGGAGGAGAUGCGGAGAGUCGUGUGUGAACAGAAGCUGAGACCCAACAUUCCCAACCGGUGGCAGAGCUGCGAGGCUCUGCGUGUGAUGGCCAAGAUCAUGAGGGAGUGCUGGUACGCUAACGGAGCCGCUCGCCUCACCGCGCUGCGCAUCAAGAAGACCUUAUCUCAGCUCAGCCAGCAGGAGGGCAUCAAGAUGUAGACCGCUACACUGAGCACAUGCUUAUAUCAUCACCGUAUCAUUAUCCUUUAUUACCGCAUCACCUCUGUCUGAGAGAGGACGCCAGCACUUUGAUUGAAGCGUCAGCUAGUUUCCGCAUCCUUCGCCUCGGUCUUAAACCCCGCCUGGACUUAGACGUGGGUAUAAAACACGGACUCAUGAUGAACGCCCCACAUGCACCUCCAGCUGGUGCCGUGGGUGCCCCGGGCUCUCAUUCUCAACAGAUACUUCGCCUGGGUUCAACGAAAGUGCUACCUAAGAAGGAUUCUUUAAUUAUUUAUAACGUUUUUGUUCAGUGGCCGGGUUGAUUUGAAGUUUUGGUUUGUUUUCUCAAUCUCUUAAAGAGAAAUGACCUUGUGUUUAAUGUCCGCUCAUCACUGCAGUUCUUCAGGUCAGUAACUGUUUUUUUGGUUCUGUUUUUGCAAAAACAAAACUGGGCACGACCUCAUUCAGUCUUGGCGAACAUGCUGCGACAUAUGCAAUAUAGAUGAAACGUAUCUACUUUAUAUUUUUUACUGCUCUGCUACAACAACUUCGAUGACAACCAUGCCUUCCAAGCCAGGUGUUACCAGAAAGUGCCACUGCUUUGAAACCAACCAACUCUCCCUCAUGGUGUGACCGGCCCGUCGGUCCGAGCGCAUCGAGGCGAGCUAUCCGCGCCAACGUCUCUUAUGCACAGCGAGGGACAGUGGGCCGCCACACUCCGAUUAGCUGGUGCCAUGCUUCAUUUCUGCCUCUUUAUUGUCUUCAUUGAUGCAGCACUGAGGGAUGUUACAACAAUCCAGACCUCUUCAUGUUACAGCUUGUUUUAUGGAGCAAUGUGUGUUUUCACAUUGGGAAUCCGGUGUGUGAAGCGUUGGACGCCCGCCUUCAGUCGGAGGAAACCAACCAUGAGUUAAAAGGAUUGAAGAAGAUAUAUAGCAAGCCAGCGACUGGCUACGGACACAACUGAAAGCUAAAAUACUGCGACAAAAUAGCAAAACUGAGAGUUGCCCAAUGAAAACACGAUUAUUUCUUUCUCGGAGUGCGAAGAUGGCGAGGGACGUUAAUAUAGCAAAUGGAUAUUUACUAAGCCAUAGGUUUUCCAACAUUUUUUGGCAACAUUUUUUAAUAGAAUGUCAAUGAAAAAAAAUAUCAAGGACUGCUUUAAAACUCUUUUGAGCAAGCCUUAAGGGACCAAUCGAUUAUGUGGAGGUUGUGUGUGUGUUGUCUGCGUUGGAACUGACUGUAAUAGCUUGGUAGGAUCCGUACUGUAUGUAACCGAAUACAUAAAUGUAGCAGUUGUGUGUCGGUGGACGAACCGUCUCGCCACCAAACAAGCUUUGCUGUGUAGAGUCAGAGCCGAGGAUAUGUGAAAGUGCUGUUCCUGCGCUCUUGAAGAAGAACGAGACGCCACGCUCAACAAGCUUCUGUUCACUUCAUCUUCUCAAGGUAUCAGUUUCUGCUGCUUAUUUAAGCAUGGAACUUCAGUUUCUUUUUAUUAUGUGCUUACACUUUGGACACUUUUCCUAAAGGACAAACAUCUGAGUUUAAGAGCUUGUUUGAGAUGGCAUUAGUGUAAGGGAACCGUGACAGUCGUCUGGGGGGACAGUAGAGCAUUAAUGUGUGUUGAGUUCAAUGAAUGAAUGAAUGAAUGACUGAAUGAAGGACUCCUGCUACA